AAGAGGGCAAAAAAAAAACCUACUCUGUUUCUGGCUGGAGGAAGCCAUCGGAGGGGAGUAAUGGCGAGCGGCGCCGUGGAGAAGACGGCGGACGAGCUCCGCAAAGAAAUCCAAGAACUCCAGCGCCAGCAGCGCGAGAUCACCGAGCGGCUACGAGAUCCGAGAGGCCUCCGCCGCGCCGGCCUCGCUUCCAACGGCCCGCGCCCCACCGGAGGACCCCGCCAGCGUGGUGUUGUUCGACCCGCGGUGGAAUCCGAGGACCAGCCCGUUCCCAAAAGACGGCUCCUGUCAGCUGUUGUCAAGGUGGAUGGUGGAGAAACCAAAGAGGAAGAGAGCGGUGCGAAUGAUGCGAAGGAGAAGGAUCCAGAUGGGGAAGUGGGGGCGGCCUCCGGUGGGGAGAACAGUAAGCCAAGAGCUGUGAACUCACAGAGCAACGGAGGGUUCAGAAGGGAUGAUAAUACUCGGUUGCGGAGGAUGGACUUUGAUAUUCCAACAGAACCGGUUCCGAGGAACCUGCCGAAAGAUGAAGACCCGAGCUUGGUCAAGAGGAACAAAAGAAUGCUUGGACAACUCUUGGGGACGCUGGAGAAAUUUCGUGAAGAGGACAAGCAAUUAUCUGCAACAGAGGCAUACAUGCGUAGGUCAGAUUCCUUACGAAGGGCUGAACAAAAGGCACGUGAGGAAAGUGAAAGGUUAAGGCAACAAGAACGAGAACAAAUUGCGGAGAAGCGCAGGCGUGAUCUGACACUUAGAGCUCGUGUGGCUGCUAAGGCAGAAGAAAAGAAGUUGGAGCUGCUAUUUCUUCUCUGGGCUGAGCAUCAUAAGAAGCUAUCCAAUUUUUUAAGGACUAAGGCAGAACCCCCGAUAUAUUAUAUGCCGGCCAAACCAUUAGUCGAGGAUACUGCUAUUGUCGAGCAGCACAAAGAACAGGUUUUUGUUGAAUGGAAGUCAGCACGAAGAGCUGAGUUGUCAGAAUACCAAAAGCAAAUUGAGGAGCAGCAUAUUUCAAAUGUUGAGAAGGAGCUGGAAAGGUGGCAGAAUGCUCGGAAUGCAAGGAGAGCAAACAAUCUGGUGAAUCUGCAGGAGACGAUGGACAAGGAGCUAGAGACACACAAGCUGGAGCAUGGCCCCAAGACACGGAGGAUUCCAGGUAGCAAUGAUGAUGAAGAGGAUGUGGAGGAUAUCGCAGCUGAGGAUGAGCUAAUGGAUGAAGUCCUCGAAGUUCAUGAGAGGAUUGAUGGUGAUGCAGCCAAGCUGUCUGAAACUGGUAAUAGUAGUCCAAGCCCUGUCGAGAUGCAAUAGGGGGUGUAGCAACGAGGUUUCACCUUAAGGUAUCAUGUAUUUCAGUAAAAUUUAUAUUUUGAGUUUGUGUUUGGCAACCUUAUGGUUCUGAGGUUGUAUUCUCUUCUUUUUUGGCUUUUGAGUUUUCCAUAUUAUCUGCAUUAAGUCUUGCAUUGAGACAUCAGACCCGUCUCUCUUGAUCUCGUGAGAGAAUCUUGUUUUGGGACCAGAUUUGACGUUCUGGAUAUUUUAUAUCUCAGCAGUAUUAUAUUUGAGUUGGCAUUGUAUUGACUC